UAAAAGGAAGAUUGGCAGCGCUAUUUGCAAAAUCACGACGUGCCUGCAAAAGUAUUUCUGUACGUCAACAAUAAAAUAAUUUGUUCAUAUUCAGGUUGAACUUAUUGUAGUGGAUAAAAAAUAUUUGUGUGAAUUAUUAUCCAUUUUCAGUUUGUUAUUUCUAGUGAGAGAUAUUUUUAGAAUAUUUUUAAUCGUUGAUUUUGGGGCGCCAUUUUGUAUAUGCCGGUGGAUUUUUCAUAGACUUGUCAAAAAAGUGUUCUCUUUGAAAACAAUUGUAUGGACUCCUGAAGCACUGGUGAAAUUAAAAUCAUCGGAAGUCCUCAGGACCACGUAAUUACAAACAGUGGUCUAGUCUAAAAUGGUAAUUUGAAAAUAGAAAAUACACUGAAAUAUGACUAUUGCAACCAGAGGACAAGGAAUCACAGGAGAUACUAUUGAAACACAAGGAUCCACUCCCGGCCCGUCUGAAAAUAAUGCCGAGGAAUUACAAGAUGAAAAUUUCGAACCCGAUUUUCCCAAAGAUAAAUUAGCCUCCUUAGAUGAAAAGAUAUCGAACUUACGAUGGGUCGUACCGGUACUAGCCGAUCAAGAACUCGAAUGCCUCCUGAAAGCAUCCAUAGACUUGGCAAGAAAAAAUCUCGAUACAAGGUCGGAGGCUUGCCAAAGAUUUUUCCGUGAAGGAUUGACGGUGUCUUUCACGAAGAUAUUAACAGAUGAUGCCGUAUCGAGUUGGAAACCUAAUAUUCACGCCUGCAUCAAUCAGAAUUGUUUGAAACUCAUCGAAUUAUGCGUCGUGAAGCUGCCGCACGACUGGUUCCCUCUUCUAGAUCUCCUAGCAAUGGUCCUCAAUCCCAACAAUAAGUUCCAUAGUUUCAAUUCAUCCCGGCCAAGCGAGACGGCAGGUCCUAACUCAAACUUGUCGGAAGAGGAGCUUUUUGCCCGACCUUCUAGCGACCUUCGAAACCCCAGAGGCUGGCUCGUUGACUUGAUCAACAGAUUCGGGGAAUUGGGAGGUUUUCAGGCACUUCUAGAUAGAUUUCAGUCGGGAAAGAAUCUAAGCGUCUCGGUGGUUUUUGCGUUGGCUAGACCUUUUGGCUUGUGUUAUGAAUUCCUAACUACACAUACAAUCAACAAAUAUAUUCUACCUAUUCUGGAAAUGAUUCCCGGUAUACUUGGCAAAUUGACUGAUGAUGAGCUGAAGAGGGAAGCAAAAAAUGAGCAAAAAAGCGAUAUAGUCUCAGCUAUUAUAAAAGCGUCAAAAAAUUUGGCGUCAAGAGUACCGAAUCAGGAAGAACUAAUAAGAACUUUGGAGGGAUUUAGACUGACCAUGAUUCUACGGCAGUUGCAGAUAUCAAGUUUCAAUGGAAAAAUGAAUGCCCUUAAUGAAAUCAAUAAGGUAAUAUCGAGUGUUACGUAUUAUCCCAACAGACACCAUGGUAUGGAUGAAGAAGAAUAUUUAACUCCGGAAAGGAUGGCGAAAUGGAUAAAUGAAAAUAAAGUACUAGAAAUAGUUCUAAGAGAUUCUCUACACCAGCCUCAGUAUGUGGAGAAGUUAGAAAAAAUUCUACGUUUUGUGAUAAAAGAGAAAGCGCUGAGCCUCAACGACUUGGACGCAGUAUGGGCAGCUCAAGUUGGUAAACAUGAAGCUAUUGUUAAGAACGUUCAUGAUUUAUUAGCCAAGCUAGCAUGGGACUUCAGCGCCGAACAGUUGGAUCACCUGUUCGAGUGUUUCCAGAACAGUUGGACCUCUGCAUCGAAAAAACAAAGAGAAAGGCUGCUAGAACUGAUACGUCGCUUAGCAGAGGACGACAAAGAUGGUGUGAUGGCACACAAGGUGCUAACAUUAUUCUGGAAUCUCGCCCAUUCAGAAGAAGUACCUACAGAAAUAAUGGAUCAGGCUCUCACGGCUCACGUCAAAAUAUUAGAUUAUAGCUGUUCUCAAGAACGGGAUGCUCAAAAAACGGUGUGGUUGGACAAGUGUGUCGAAGAACUGAAGAACGGCGAGAGAUGGGUGUUGCCUGCUCUGAAACAGAUCCGUGAAAUAUGCACACUUUAUGAACAAAAUACGAACGGAGGUCAUACUCAACGUACUCAUCAUAUUUAUUAUAGACAAGAAGUGAUAGAAAGAUUGCAAAACCAGCAUUCUUUAGUUAUAUUAGUUACGAAUAGCCUUACUUGUUACAUGGAUCGAUUACGUGUAUUGUACAAAGAAAAUCCCGAAUUGACAUGCGAAACUUACAUCCCUGAUGGAAGAUACUGCCAUGCGUUACAAGUUCAAGAAAGACUGAAUUUCCUCAGAUUUCUUCUGAAAGAUGGACAACUAUGGCUGUGCGCUGAACAAGCUAAACAAAUUUGGCAAUGCCUAGCCGAAAAUGCAGUAUUCCUGUCGGACAGAGAGGCCUGUUUCAAGUGGUUUUCCAAAUUGAUGGGGGAGGAACCAGAUCUUGACCCCGGUAUAAAUAGAGACUUUUUUGAGAAUAAUAUCCUCCAAAUAGAUCCUGUUCUUCUAACGGAAAGCGGGAUCAAAUGCUUCGAACGAUUCUUUAAAGCUGUUAAUAUGAAAGAAGGGAAACUCAAAGUGAAAAGGAGACUAUUAUUGACCGAAGAUCUGGAUCUGAUAGGUCUUGAUUAUCUCUGGAAAGUGGUAACGCUAUGUUCCAACGAUAUCGCUUCUCGGGCGAUUGAACUCCUGAAGGAAGUCAGUACGAAUUUAGGUCCUAGAUUGCUGCAGUCCCAGUUGGUGUUUCACGAAACUUACAUCACCGAGUGUUACGAUAGGCUUCGGGCUCAUUACGACACAUUGACAAUAUUGCAAAAGUCUAUGAAUGACAAAGAAUUCGACACUGACCAAAUACAGAAUAGGAUUAAAGCUGAGGCUGUGAAAAUGUGUAGAGUGAUGAAAGUUUUGCAAGAAUAUAUGAGCGAAUGUGACAAUGCCUUUGUGGGGNACAAAUACAAAUAAAUAAAUAAAUAAAUACAGCUGUGGCCCAAUAUAAUUUCUGUCAGAUUUUCAAUACAAUAUGGUAUAAUGAGAGAUAUGAAAAUCAUUCUAGAAGCAUCAAUCUGUUUAAAAUCUGUUUUUCCGUUAAUCAGCUGCCGCCCCCAUACGAACGACAACUCUCAGAAGUUGAGAAACUUGUGCGAGCUAAGGACUAACGAGCUAAUCUCCGCCAAGGUGGUGCAGAUAAACUCCAACAUGGCAUCCUCACAAGAUAGUAGUUCUGACAGUUCCACGUCGUCUCCUCAGCAUCCUUACGACGGUCCAAACACAGAAGCUGAGAGUUUAUUACCUGGGGUUCUCAUGUCUAGCCAGUCCGUCUAUGCGCAGUUCUUUUGCCAGCUGAUGAACGUGGGAAGUACUCUGACGUUUCCUUUGCUGCGAGAUAUGGGACACACCCUUUUGCAGCUAAUGCCCUGCGAUCUAGUGACCAUAGACAAACUGAAGGUUCUCUUCUCAACUCCAGGCGAAGAUAACAUUACAAUGGAUAGUAUGUUCUUCAGUGCCUCUCCUGCUGAGGUCUUGUAUAAUUUGGAAGUAUUGUAUUCUAUGUUGAUGCCUGCAUUGGAUACGAUGUCGGAGAAAACAUUCGAAUUCCAGUACACUUUUAUGAUAUCGGGGGAGGCACACAAGUUUUUGGAAAUGCUGACAAAAAACAACUUCAUGUCCAGCGCAGAUAACACCACGCGUCGAUCAGCCUACUUGGUUGUAUUGAAGAUUUGCAAACUCAUUCUGACCUCCGUGGCUCACGUCCUGGUGAGGUUAAGCGAAGAUCAUACUCCUCCUGAAAAUGAACCUCUCAACGAGAACAGCACAACACCCGGAACAUAUUUGAGGCAAGCUCUGAGAAAUGUACCAGGACACUCUGAUCAUUUGUUACGUCAGGUCUCCAUCAAGUUAUCUCAAAGUUUAGCGCAGCUGAUAGUAGCUGAAACAGGCAAUACCGGCCAAGCGCAGGUCCUUUUCAGUCAAGCCCUCAACUGGGAGCUGCCAGAUCUAGCUACAACUCUGGCGCUUGUCAGGCUCGUUUGGGCUGCGAGCAGUAACAACUUGGGAGCCCUCAAUGCAUCUCCGGAAAACUUGCACGCCCUCUCUGAUCCCGGCAAAAUGAAAAACAUGGAAAUAGUAAACGACGAUAUACUGUUGUGUAAGGAAGCUCUGGAGCUGCUCAGCACUGCGGUGGUGCUCAACCCAAGCAGUUUGGAACACCUUUAUCAGGAUAAUUGGUGGCCUUAUUUCAUAACUGACUUAGUUCUGAUCAAUCCUAACUGUGCGAUCCGGAUUGCUGCUGCGGAACAGCUGAUUAUAAUAUGUACUUGUGGCGCUGCCAGUCGUUUGGCACUGCAGCUCAUCAUGCCGUUGCUGUUUUCCCUCCUCAACACAUUAGUUAUUGAAAAUGCGAAUACGUCGCAUGAGUAUUUUCAAUUGUUGUGUCGACUAGUCAAUGUGGCGUACCUAACGAACUGUCCCCUUUCGGGCGUGGAGAACCUGCAAUCCAGUGAGGUGGCUUGGCUGCGGAAAGCCAGAGACAAACAUGAGGUGCUCAUCGAAGGGCAUCUGCUUCUGGCAAAAGAACUGCUGUUAUUCAUGUCUCUGGAGCAGAGGUGUGAGCUAGGUAGUGCGGAAUCAGGAAGUUUGAUAAAGGAACUGCUGGAAGACUUUUUGUUUCCUGCCAGUAAAUUGAUGCUGCAGCUGAACAAGACGGGACAGUUGGGCGAGGAUCCAGCCAUUCCCAUUUGUGAUACCCCUCAAACACAGGCAGCUGCUUUCGACUUGCUCAUCGCUUUAUGUUUGAAUUGUGUUCAGAAUUACAAACAGCUGGUGACCAUGCUAACGGAAAUGUUUUAUUCGGAUCCUGAUUCUGCAAUAACCGAAUGGGACUAUCUGCCUGUUGUUGGUCCUCGCCCCUUCCAAGGUUUUGUGGGUCUAAAGAAUGCGGGUGCUACUUGUUACAUGAACUCAGUUCUUCAGCAGCUCUAUAUGGUGGAGAGCAUCAAAGAGGGUAUCUUGGCAGCAGAGGGCGCCGCCACCGAUCCCAAUGAAGAUUUUUCUGGAGAGGAAAGGUUAGAUGUCGACGGGGAUUGUACAGACGACCGGAACUGCUUAGAUGAUAACCGAAAAGAUUAUAAUGUAGGCAUUCUCAAGCAAGUACAAGCUAUCUUCGGCCAUCUGGCCUGUUCACGCCUUCAAUAUUAUGUGCCUAGAGGACUUUGGAGACAUUUCAAACUUCAAGGUGAACCAGUUAACUUAAGGGAGCAACAGGAUGCUGUGGAAUUUUUCAUGUCGCUGGUUGAAAGUCUUGAUGAAGCUUUAAAAACGUUGGGACAUGAGCAAAUCAUGUCCAAGAUAUUGGGUGGUUCUUACUCGGAUCAGAAGAUCUGCAAAGGGUGCCCCCAUAGAUAUUCCAAAGAGGAACCUUUUAGUGUGAUUAGUGUAGAUAUUAGAAAUCAUAGUAGUCUGCCAGAUUCAAUGGAGCAAUAUGUCAAAGGUGAACUAUUAGAAGGUGCUGAUGCGUAUCAUUGUGAAAAGUGCGCGAAAAAAGUUGUGACUGUUAAACGACUGUGUGUUAAAAAACUACCCCCAAUCUUAGGUAUUCAAUUGAAAAGAUUCGAGUAUGAUUUCGAGAGGGUGUGUGCCAUCAAAUUCAACGACUAUUUUGAAUUUCCACGGGAGCUCGAUAUGGAACCGUACACCGUAUCCGGACUGGCCAAGAUCGAGGGAGAGAUAAUAGACUGUGAUUUAGAUCCUAGUGCCGACGACGUUUGUACAAAAUAUCGACUCUCUGGUAUCGUCGUCCAUUCGGGACAAGCAUCGGGUGGACAUUAUUAUUCAUAUAUUAGAAGCAGAGAUCCUUCAGGGGAAGUGAGGUGGUACAAAUUCGACGACGGAGACGUGUCCGAAUGUAGAAUGGGAGAUGAUGAAGAAAUGAAGGUGCAGUGUUUUGGAGGGGAUUACAUGGGAGAAGUCUUUGAUCCGAUGUUGAAGAGAACGACGUACAGACGACAGAAAAGGUGGUGGAACGCUUAUAUGCUGUUUUACACCAGGCAUGAUAUCGAGGAAGAAGCUGCACUGAAAGCAUUAGAUUUGCUGACAAUAUCUGGUACAAGAAAAGAAACCCACCUCAAGAUGCCAGUAGCGAUAGAAAAUAGCAUAAGAAAGCAAAAUAUCAAAUUUCUUCACCACCGCAGUCAGUUCUCCGUAGAGUAUUUCUCUUUCAUAAGAAAAUUGGCGACCAGUUGCACUCAGAGUAAUCCAAGGCACAGUCAGCCGUUAUCCAACGAUUUGUUAGAACAGCAGUACCUGCUCAGUGUGCAGUUGGUUAGUAAUUUUCUGUUCCAUACAGGCUGGCAUACGAAGAAAAACUUACGAGGUCCUGCGAUGGAAUGGGGUGACGUACUGUGCCUGCAUCUUCGAACUUCUCCGGUGAUACGUUCCUGGUUUGCCCAGAACAUGUUGUUCAGCCACAUGGGCAGGUUCUGCGAGUACCUCCUUAGCUGUCCCAGUAACGAGGUGCGCUCCGCCUUCAUAAAGAUUGUCGUCUUGCUCGCCCAUUUCUCGAUAAACGAUGGCCCUUCUCCGGCACCUGCGGCGUUCAACAACAACGACAUGACGGCUUCUCUAAGCGAUCACAUCCUCUGGGCGUUGCUCAGUCUUUUACAGAGGGAGGUUAGCGAACACGGAAGGCACUUGCCACACUACUGCACUGUGUUUCACAUGUAUGCCAAUCAAGGUAUUCAAGAAAGAGCUCAACUACUGAGGAUGAACGUCCCAGCAACGUUCAUGCUAGUUGCCUUAGAUGAAGGUCCCGGGCCAGCCAUAAAAUAUCAAUAUACGGAAUUAGGAAAAUUGAAUCAAUUAGUAUCGUGCCUCAUCCGAUGUUGUGACGUGAGCAUCAAGUGCCAGUCUAGUAACGGAAGUCCGGUUUUACCAAAUCCAUACCGAGAUCCUGUCUGUCAGGAGUAUAUCAUGCCAAUAUCACCCCAAGCUGCUGAUAUCUUGUUCAACCGUACAACGUAUGUAAAGAAGGUGAUUGAAGACACUAACUUAACAGAUGAAGCCAUCAAACUGCUUCAGUUUUGUUCGUGGGAGAAUCCCCAUUUCUCCAGGGUAGUGUUAUCCGAACUUCUGUGGCAAAUAGCUUAUGCAUACUGCCAGGAACUCAGACACCACAUUGAAAUAUUGUUGUCAAUUCUGCUUAUAGAAGACUCUUGGCAAACUCAUCGGAUACAUAAUGCAAUCAAAGGUGUUCCCGAAGAACGUGAAGGCCUGUUAGAAACCAUCAUCCGUGCAAAGAGCCACUACCAGAAGAGAGCAUACCAAUGUAUAAAAGCGAUGGUGGCACUCUUCAACAGGUGUCCGGCCGCUCAUUCUCUGCUCAUGCGCCAGGCAGAUGUCCGCCGAUCUUGGGCUUCAGCUGUCAAUUGGCUGCAAGACGAGCUAGAGAGGAAGUACCCUCCCAACACUCAAUAUUCCUAUAACACAUGGUCUCCCCCGGCACAAAGCAAUGAAAGCUCCAAUGGGUACUUUUUGGAGAGGUCGAACAGCGCCAGGAAAACUCUGGAGAAAGCUUUGGAAAUGAUGCCGGAAAUCGAAAGAGAAGAGGAAGAUGUCAGCGAAGACCAGAUUUCGCAAGAGGAAGCACCACCACCUUCAGAUCAACUCCAGCAAGAGGAAAGCAACUCUGAACUUCCAGAUGUGACGCAAAGCUGUGAGAAUAACCCAAAUACCUAAGGUAACAAUUGAAGGCGAAAAGAGAGUUCGUCGCCCGCUUUUCAUUUUUAUAUAAAGCUUUAAGCGCCUCUUGCACUUUUGGUUGUCGACUUCAUUUUGGAGAGAGGUAUAUAUAUUUAUGAGGACGGAAAGAGGAACAUGUGAUAUGUAUGUAUAUAAAAUGUAACUUGACGCAUUUUCUGAAUUUUUAUAUUGACUGGGAUGCAUUUUUCCUAAACAUGUUCCUUACCAGUAGUCCCGAGCGUUCAUUUUGACGUGUGUUGAGAGGAUCUGUCCGGAGAAAUGUAAAUAAAUAUGCGUAUUACCACAGUCGUUUUUCUAGUUAGCUUUUGUUUUUAUCAGAAAAUAAACGGACUCUCAAAGUCGAUGCAGUCAACAUGUUUAUACAAUUGCUUUUUUUUUUAGUAACUAGUGAAAGUUUGUCUUUAACAUAAUAAGAAAAUUCAGUGUAAAUAUCUAGGAAAACUAUAUGAAAUUGUGCUCUUUGAAUAUUUAUGUUCUGGGCGUUUCUUAGCUGACAGAAGAACAAAAAGAAACUUUGUAAAAUGGAAGCGAUCAACAAAAUAGUUUUUCCGACAGUCGUACAUUUCAAUAUAUUUUUAUUUUAAACAAUAAUUUAAGGACCGAUCUAGCAGUUGAUAAAUUGAAUUUGUUUCUCAGUGAUUUGUUAUAACAGUCCAGAUUGUGUUGAGUUGGGAGAGGGAAAUAAAAACUUCUGUCAGCUCGUUACCAACCCAUCGGACAUUACUUGAUUUUGUGAUAAUUUUCUGUAAUAUAAUUUACAUCUAAAGUCAUAACUCAAUUUAACUUUAUAUUUUUUUAUAAGGUAUCCUUAUUUUAUACCAAUACCUGUAUAUAUUUACGAUGACCAUUUUGAAUCUUGUCAUAUAUUUUUUUUUAAUUAACGAGUCACUUUGUUAAUUUAUAUAUAUUAGAAGUUUAUGUACAUACAUAAGUACUGUAAUUUGUGAGAUAUUUGUUAUGAAAUUUUUUUCGUUAAAUUCCGUUAUGGCUUUAAAUAAGCAGAACCAGAUUCUUUGAUGGAGUCGUCGGUUUAUUGUGUUCUAUACGUGUAAAUGGCACAUUUAUUUAUUUAAUGAACUAUAAUGACUGUUGAUAAAUCACAAAAUUGUUUCCCCCCUAUUUAUGUUGUGUAUUUUGUAGGCUAGACUCGGAGGGAACUUGUAUACUUACAAUGAAAAUGUAAUUUUUGUUUUAAAUGUGUCUCAUUUAGCUCUUAAAUUAUUGCUUAAACCUAAGCUUACACAUUUUGUUUGUAUUAUAAUUUAUCAUAAUUAUAAAAAAUAAACUCUUUUAAAUUUUACAUGA